AUGAAGCCCAUUCUACGUCUAAGUAGAUUGACUCGUGCCUCUCGACCACUCCUCUCCUUCCCCACGAGCGUUCAUUACCAUCCCUGCCCCUCUCCCAUCUCUCCCUGCCCUCUCCUCUCCCAACUCUCCCUGCCCCUCUGCCCUCUCCCAUACCUCCCUGCCUCUUUCUCAUAUCACCAUGCCCACCACAUGCAGACCCUGCGGGUGGAGCUGCAGAACAGCACGUCAGCCCAUGCGGAGUCCAUCCGCGCCAAGGUGCGCGGAGUGGGGAAGUCUUUGCGCGGACUUGAGGGGCGGAAGGCGCAGGGGGGGAAAGGCGGGGAUGAGCGGGGAGAGGAUAAGGAGGAGCGAAGUGGGGAUGAGGAGGGGAAGGAGGAUCAGGGUAAGAAGGAAAAGGAGGAAGAAGGGGGGGAGGGGGAGAAGGAGGCGAAAGCGGAGGCAGGGGAAGGGGAGAAGGAGGCGGAAGAGGAGAAGGAGGGGGGGGGGGAGGGGAAGAAGAUAGGGGGGAUGAGGGACGAAGAGGGGGAGAAGACGAUUGACCUGGUAGACGGGACAACGGAGGAAGGGGAUGAAGAAAACUUGAAAAAGAACUCUGCUGGAGAAGCAAGGGAGGAGUUGACGCUUGGGCUGCAGAACGAGCGAGGAGAAGCGCCAGUGGAGGCAUCAGGAGAAGGGCUGGGAAGGGAGCUAAGAGGCACGCACGCGGCAGAGAGGGAGGGAGAGACAGAGGCGUGUGAGGGGGAUGAUGAGGAGGCUGAGGAGGACGCAAUGCAGGAAGGGCAGGCGGGUGAAGUGACAAGGGCAGGGGGGGUGAAGUGA